AUGGAUUUCAUCAAGACCAGUUCCCUGCGUGCUCUGAUUGAGUUAACUUUCCAACGCAACUGGAACGGCCUCAUUUGGAUGAGUAGAAAAGGAGUUACAACCAAAAGAGUGAAGACUGUCCAGACGGCUCUAUCGAGAAACCGCGCAGCCGGCUGGCCAAAACGCUCGGCCAAAUCCAUCCGUCUGAAGUCUCGGCCAAAGUUCAAACCACCGGCCGAUACGCAUCACGACCCGGGAAUUGUCCCGCGGUCGGCCAAGCCACACCACUCACGCCAUGCCGCGCACGACCAUGCCGCGCGAGCCGGGAACAAGCCUCGCGGCCGCGCAACCUUCUCGCGUACCACGGCCGAUGGCGCCAUCCGAGCCGGGAAAGCACGUCCCGCGUCCGGCCGAGAAAUCAUCGGCCAAUCUUCCGUCCGACCAGCGGCCGACCGUGAACCAUCCGGCCACGACCGUUCCGACACGACCACGACGAUAUCCGGCCGACCGACCGUCCCAACGCCGCGGUCGACCCGAAGCCCGUUUUGA